CGGCAGGAUACUUCACUUGAGGACAAACGAUUUCUAAACAGAACACGCCGACAAAGCGGCCUGCGGCAUGGCGGACCUUGAGCGCAUACGGCUCGUCCUUCUGGGCGGCGCCGGCGUGGGCAAGAGCUCCAUUGUGAAGCGCUUCCUGUUCAAAAGCUACACGGACAAAUAUCGCGCCACCGUCGAGGAUCUCUACAAUCGCGAGUACGACCUGGGCGGCGUAACACUAAAGGUGGACAUCCUGGACACGUCGGGCGACAUGCAAUUCCCCGCCAUGCGGCGCCUGUCCAUCGCAACGGCGCACGCGUUUAUGCUCGUUUAUGCCGCAACAUCGGCGCCCAGCUUCCAGUGUGUGAAACAGUGCUUCGAGGAGAUCCGCGAACAGCGCGGCGACUUUCAGGACAUUCCCAUUGUGAUCGCCGGGAACAAGGCCGACCUGGCCACCACCCACAGAGAGGUCAAGCUGGAGGAGGUGACCGAUUGGGUGUUCUGCGAGCUGCCCCGCUUACGGGCAAAAGUGCUGGAGUGCUCGGCGAAGGAGGACAGCAAUGUGACCGACCUCUUCAAGUCUUUGCUCUCCCUGUCCCGCUUCCUGCCCGCUAGCAGUAGUGGGAGCGGGGGCAGCGCGGGCGGCGGCGAGGCGGCGCCCAGUGGUUUCAAGCGUCGUUCGUCGGCCUACGUCAGCGCAUCGUCCAGUCGCAACAAAAAUCGGAUGAAUAGCCCGGCUCUGGGCGGCGCCGGCGGCAGUGGCGACAAGAAGGGCUCCGGACUGGUGGACGCCGUCGAUGUGGCCACCACAUCGGCAGAGGCCAAACUAAAGCCGCGUUCCAGAUCGCUCAUACGCCGCGCAUCACGCAAGACCAAGCAGCAAAUCAACAACGCAUCCGACGACUGCAAUGUGCAGUAAACUAUUAUUUUGGCCGGCAGCACUGCGUUUAAUUACAAUUACGCCAUUAUGUUUGGCCACAAUAUGCAUUAAUAAUGGACGCCAGUUAAUUAGCCUGCAUAAACAAGUGGCGCAGUAUUUAUGUUCGGUGCAAUGAGCUGAUUAUUCUGAUAAUAUAAAACUCACACCAAAAAAAACACUUGCUCAAAGGCAAACAAAGCCAGUGAGAUUCAAUUGCAACUCUAUUGUAAUUUAAUUUAUUUAACAUGUGUAUCGAAUCCUAGGUUAGAAACUAGAGCUUCAAAAUUAUGCCCUGAUGACACUGGUCUAAGAUUAGAAAUAUAUGUUUUUAAGCUCUG